AUGAUGCCCAGCAGCACCGUUCAAGACUACCACGUUGGCUGGAUAUGCGCGCUGAACAUAGAAUUGACCGCCGCCAUGGCCAUGCUGGAUGAAGAACAUGAGAUGAUAGCAGGACAAGAUCCACAAGACCACAACAGUUAUGUGUUGGGCCGCAUCCACCAGCACAAUGUGGUGAUUGCUUGUAUGCCAGAGGGGGUGGAUGGACUAGUGCCUGCGGCCAAUGUGGCCAAGGACAUGGCGAGGACGUUCCCUGCGCUCCGAGUCGGACUGAUGGUGGGCAUUGGCGGUGGCAUCCCCGACCUCUCCAAUGGAAUCGAUAUUCGCUUAGGGGACAUUGUGGUGAGCAAACCAGAGAAAACUUGGGGAGGGGUGGUGCAAUAUGACAAGGGCAAAGCUGAGGACAGCGGGAAAUUUGUGGUCAAAGGCCUACUCAAUCAGCCGCCUCCUCUCCUAUUGCAAACCCUUGCUCAACUCCGGGCACGACAUGGCAUGCGCCCCAGCAAGGUGUCGGAUUAUAUCACCGAAGCGAUCGAACGAAACCCCAUGAUGGAAGAGACGGGCUUCACUCUUCCGAGCGAGUCCGAUUGCUUCUACUGCGGUGUCUGUCAUAGGGAUAUUGAAAGUCCGGCAGGCGACUGCGAAGGACUCCACGCCAAGCGAAAGCGACGGAAAAAUAACAAGCCGGUGGUUCAUUAUGGAAUCAUUGCGUCAGGAAACCAGGUGGUGAAGGAUGCAGCAGUGCGCGAUCGACUGCGGGAUGAAUUUAAUGCCUUCUGUGUGGAAAUGGAGGCGGCAGGACUGAUGAACGCGUUUCCCUGUCUGGUGAUCCGCGGCAUUUGCGAUUACGCCGAUUUACACAAGAACGAUGCGUGGCACCCAUAUGCUGCGAUCACUGCUGCGGCAUACGCCAAAGAAUUUCUUCAAUAUAUAUCUCCAGCGCAGGCUAGCCAAGAACAGCCUAUCAAAGACGUAUUAGGUUUGCUUGAUGAAAUCCGCCAUACCUCGAACGCGCAGCUGGAGGCCACCAAAGCACAGACCCAGCAGAAUCAAACCCAAUAUGAGAGCGAGAAACACCAUCAAUGCCACCAGACAUUCAAAAUCGGUCCGUAUGAGGCACAGAAGGAUCUUAACCCUGAGCGAGUAGCUGGCACUUGUCAGUGGGUGCUGUCUCACUCUCAGUAUCUUCAAUGGCUCAGAAAGGCUCAUGAUGACCUCCUCUGGAUCUCGGCGGAUCCGGGCUGCGGCAAGUCGGUCCUCGCCAGAUCGAUCAUCGACAAUGAACUUCGACAUACUGAUCAGCAUACUGUGUGCUACUUCUUUUUCAAGGACAACGAAGAGCAGGAUAACGUGGCCACUGCUCUUUGCGCCCUCCUCCAUCAACUGUUCACGCGCCACCCUGAGCUUAUUCAACAUGCGAUCCCGGUAUGGGAGAAGAUUGGCGAUAAAUUGGUGAGGGAGCUGGCGGAGCUUUGGCGCUUGUUGCUCGCAGUAGCGAGGGAUGACCAGGCUCUGGAUGUGACGUGCGUUCUAGAUGCACUGGACGAAUGUCGACUCUCGGACCGACGGUGGUUGAUUGAGAUGCUAUCCCGGUUUCACACCCAGACAUCGGCCUCUUCGUCUACGACACGGCGAGGCCGACUGAAAUUUCUCGUGACUAGUCGGCCCUAUGAUGACAUCCAGGCGGAGUUCCAGAAGACGCUGCACGAUCUCCCUACCAUCCGACUACGGGGUGAAGAGGAGAACGACUAUAUCCGCCAAGAAAUUGACUUGGUCAUCCGAAUGCGAGUGGGAAAACUCGCGACCGACUUAAAAUUGGAUGACGACAUAAAGGACCGACUGGAGACUCGACUCCUGGAGAUGGAGCAUCGCACGUACUUAUGGCUUUAUCUCGCGAUUGAGAGUAUACAUCGGACUUACCGCAACAGUUUGCGACCCGAGGAAGUAUCGAUCAAGUCACUACCGUCCAGUGUGGAAGACGCAUACGAGAAAAUUUUGAGUCGGGUCGAUCAGGAGCAGAGAGGCAAUGUGAAAAAGAUCCUUCAGAUUGUGGUUGGGGCGCGGCGGCCACUCCAUGUCGAAGAGAUAGCCAUCGCUCUCGGAAUAGCCACGUCAGCACACCCUAAGUCCCUACACCAGGCCAAACUCGACCCUAGCAGGCUGGAGAAUAAUAUUUGUGACUGGUGUGGUCUCUUCGUCUUCAUUAACCACGCGAGAAUAUACCUAAUCCACCAGACGGCUAAGGAGUUUUUGGUCAGUGAGAGCGGCUGCACUACCUUCCUAUCUGGGUGGAAGAGUUGCCUGGAUCCGCGUGGAAUUGAGAGAGAGAUGGCUCACAUAUGCGUGAAAUUUCUGUCCUUUAACGACAUUGAAGCAACAGCAGAUUCCUUGACUCAGAAAUUACGACCCUGGGUGGUACUCAACGAUGUCCUAAGCACCGGCAAUCCUAUUGAAAGUUUUUUGGCCUAUUCAGCAGAACACUGGCCGUCUCAUCUACGUGAAGCAUACUUACCUCACGAUGAUUUGGCAGGAUUUCGGAUUCUUGAGUUUUAUCAGGUCAACAGCAGGUUGUACAAUAUCUGGUUCCCAAUAUUUUGGCAGGCAAUAAGUCCAUAUGACUUCCUUCCGAAGAUGAGUCCAAUACGACUUGGGGGACUGCUGGGCCAUGAAAAUAUACUGGAAUUGACGUUACAGCGGAACGAAGAUUACGAUAUCGACGAAUCGGACAGGAAGGGCCAGACAGCGUUAAUUUGGGCAAGUGAGUAUGGUCACGCGAAGGUGGUGCAGACACUCCUCGAGCGUGGAGCGGAUGUCAACGCUCAAGGAGGAGAACACGGCAAUGCGCUCCAAGCAGCAUCAGAGGGUGGUCACGAGAAGGUGGUGCAGAUGCUCCUCGAGCGUGGAGCGGAUGUCAACGCUCAAGGAGGACAAUAUAGCAAUGCGCUCCAAGCAGCAUCAGCAGGUGGUCACGAGAAGGUGGUGCAGAUGCUCCUCGACUGUGAAGCGGAUGUCCAUGCUCAAGGCGGAGAAUAUGAUUACGAUAUCGACGAAUCGGACAGGAAGGGCCAGACAGCGUUAAUUUGGGCAAGUGAGUAUGGUCACGCGAAGGUGGUGCAGACACUCCUCGAGCGUGGAGCGGAUGUCAACGCUCAAGGAGGAGAACACGGCAAUGCGCUCCAAGCAGCAUCAGAGGGUGGUCACGAGAAGGUGGUGCAGAUGCUCCUCGAGCGUGGAGCGGAUGUCAACGCUCAAGGAGGACGAUGUGGCAAUGCGCUCCAAGCAGCAUCAGAGGGUGGUCACGAGGAGGUGGUACAGACACUCCUCGAGCGUGGAGCGGAUGUCAACGCUCAAGGAGGGCGAUGUGGCAAUGCGCUCCAAGCAGCAUCAUUCGAUGGUCACGAGAAGGUGGUGCAGACACUCCUCGAGCGUGGAGCAGAUGUUAACGCUCAAGGAGGAUUUUAUGGCAAUGCGCUCCAAGCAGCAUCAGAGGGUGGUCACGUGAAUAUAGUGCAGACGCUCCUCGAGCGUGGAGCAGAUGUCAACGCUCAAGGAGGAGAAUAUGGUAAUGCACUCCAAGUAGCAUCAUACGGUGGUCUCGAGGAGAUGGUGCAGAUACUCCUCGAUUGGGGAGCGAAGGUCAAUAUUCAAGGAGGAUUCUUUGGUAAUGCGCUCCAAGCAGCAUUAGUAAGUGGUCGCGAGAAGGUGAUGCAGAUGCUCCUCGACUAUGGAGCGGAUGUCAACACUCACGGAGGAGAAUAUGGCAAUGCGCUCCAAGCAGCAUCAGAGGGUGGUCACGAGAAGGUGGUGCAGACACUCCUCGACCGUAGAGCGGAUGUCAACGCUCAAGGAGGAGAACACGGCAAUGCGCUCCAAGCAGCAUCAGAGGGUGGUCACGAGGAGGUGGUGCAGACACUCCUCGAGCGUGAAGCGGAUGUCAAUGGUCAAGGAGGAGAAAAUGGCAAUGCGCUCCAAGCAGCAUCAGAGGGUGAUCCCGAGGAGGUAGUGCAGAUACUCCUCGAUUGGGGAGCGGAUGUUCACGCUUAA